CAUGACUACUCAAAUGCCUCAAGCGCCUUUUCCCCUUCUCCCGCGGUCAUUCCCUGCAGCUGAGCCUCACGAAAUAACUCCACCUCCGCAACCAAUUUCAAGUCAACCAAACUCAAUUCUACCGUUAGCGCCAUCAGUUCAUCCAUUGGUUCCACCUUUUUAUGCUGAUCUGUUACUUAAAGGCUAUCCUGCAAAUUUUCUGCAAAGAAAUCAGUCGGCUGCCGAUGCAGAUAAUCGCAUUCAUAAGACGCCUCAUUUACUGACAGGUGAUUUGAAAAUGGCCUGGAACGGAACGGCAUCAAGAUUGAAUUACGAUCUAUAUCGAUCAUAUUUACUAUCAUUUGGAGUUCGCCCAACAACGCUCCGCCAGCAGUGGACACCACCCAAGGAGACGUCAGCAGAGUCAUCACCAAAAGAAGAGACUGAAGCCUCAUCAACAACACCAGUUGAUGGUGGGAGCUAUGAAUGUACCUCCUGCCACAAAUUCUUUACAACCCCUCAUGGUUUGGAGGUUCACGUAAGAAGGUCGCAUAACGGUCAAAGGCCUUUUGCUUGUGACGUUUGUAACAAGACAUUCGGUCAUAGUGUCUCUUUGGCUCAGCAUCGCACCGUCCAUAAUCAGGAGAGGACAUUUGAAUGCAAAGAGUGUGGCAAGCGGUUCAAGCGCUCAUCCACUCUCUCGACUCACUUGCUCAUCCACAGCGACACGCGACCUUAUCCGUGCCAGUAUUGCGGCAAGCGUUUUCACCAGAAGUCGGACAUGAAGAAGCACACUUACAUUCACACUGGAGAGAAGCCUUACAAAUGUAGAGAAUGCGGUAAAGCCUUUUCCCAAUCGUCCAACCUCAUAACGCACAGCCGUAAACAUUCUGGUUUCAAACCUUUCGCUUGUGAACGUUGCGGAAGAGCGUUUCAAAGGAAAGUCGACCUCAGGAGACACGUCGAAACUCAACACACACAGACUAAUAACGUACCCGCAACGCUCAAGGUUCCAAGUCUACAAUGUGAACCUCUAAACCUCAGUCAGGCUCCUCAACCCCUUCCUCCUGGAACUGUACGAGUAUUUCGACCAUUCGAGCCAGAAAACGUUGGAACAAUUGCGGAUGAUAGAUUAACAAAAAACAAUAAUAAUAAUAAAAUGGAAGAAGAGAAUAAGGAGGAAAUAGACGUAGAAUCACCUGACAGUCCUCUAGUCGACGAACAUGGACAGGAAGAAGAUUCAUAG